AUGAAAUAUAAAAGUACAAGAGGAAAGAUAAAUGGUUUAACAUUUGUAGAUGCUGUUAAGAUGGGUCUGGCAGAUGACGGUGGUCUGCUGAUUCCUCAGAGCAUUCCAAAGCUAUCGUCAGAGACUCUCGAGAGUUGGAGAAACAAGUCAUUCCAAGAGCUAUCGUUUGAGAUACUGUCGCUGUAUAUCGAUCGUUCCGAUAUACCAGCUGCCGAUCUCAAAGCUCUCAUCGAGCGCGCCUACUCGACAUUCUCCGACACCAAGAUAACUCCGCUACACCGACUGUCACCGUCGGGAAACACUCUGGUCCUAGAGCUAUUUCACGGUCCUACCUUUAGCUUUAAAGACGUCGCUCUACAGCUGUUAGGCAAUCUCUUUGAGUAUGUACUGAGCGAGCCGAUGACCGUCGUCGCCGCCACCUCUGGCGACACCGGAAGCGCAGCGAUUGCCGGUUUGCGCGCGCGUCAAAACCUCUCGCUGUUUGUGCUCUAUCCAAAGGGAAGAAUCUCCGCUGUUCAAGAGCUACAGAUGGUAACUGUCAACGAUGAUAACAUUCAUCCUAUCGCGGUGACCAAUUCCAACUUUGACGAUUGUCAAUCGCUUGUAAAGACGCUGAUGAACGACCAAGCGUUUAAACACUCACAGCGGCUGGGUGUAGUGAAUUCCAUCAAUUGGGCACGUAUUCUCGCUCAAAUGGUUUACUAUUUCCACGCUUACUUCCAAUCGGGUGCAAAGAGCGUCACCUUCUCUGUGCCAACCGGCAACUUUGGCGAUAUCUUGGCGGGUUUCUAUGCGAGUAAGAUGGGAUUGCCAGUCGACAAUCUCAUUGUGUCGACCAACGACAACGAUAUUCUCGAUCGAUUCUUUAGGGAAGGUAGAUAUGUAAAGCCAGCGUCCGUAGUUCCUACCGUUGCGCCGGCAAUGGAUAUCAACGUAGCCAGCAACUUUGAGCGAUAUCUCUACUACCUCUUUAACGAGGAUUCCGAUAGACUCGUCAAGUUUAUGAAUGAAUUCAACUCACAAGGCACAGCGACUAUCAAUCAAGAGCAACUCGAUCAAACUAAAGCCGAUCGAUUCCUCUCUGCACAUGUCGGUCAACAAGAGAUCGUAGAGACCAUCGCCAGUUACCAUCAAACACUAAACUACACACUCGAUCCACAUACAGCAAUAGGAUUGGCAGCUGCCAAACACCAUGGACUAACAAACUACUCUCACUACAAUCAAAACAGUAACGAUCACGUUUUGAUCUGUCUGUCAACAGCACACCCAGCUAAAUUCAGUGAAACAGUUGAUCGAGCAAUCAACAGUAAACAAUCGGUUGAACAACAAUUUGAACCAACAAGAAAACUGCUAGAACAACAAUCUUCAAACAAUCUAAAUCGUUUUGAAAUGUCAUUAGAUAUAAAUCAAUUAAAACAAUAUAUACUUAAACAUAAUAAAUAA